CCCCCUCCAGCCCCGCCCUGUGAGCGCGUUUCUGCUGCGUGCGGAGCUGCGACAGCAGCGACCAUGGAGAAGCCGAGCGAGGCCACCCAGAGCGCGGGAUCCCUGCAGCCCAGAGAGCCCAGCCCCGCAGGGUCACCCACCUCGGACCAGGCCAUGGUGGAGACGAUGCCCGUUCUGCCCUCCUACCCCAUCCCCAUCUCUGCCACACCUUGGACCCUGGAUCACCCAUCCAGGGGCCUUUUUUCCAUCACAGUGCCUAUCUGGCUGGAUGCCCCCACCUUCCUGCUCAACCACACCCUCCUGGGGUCCUCCGUGGCCAGGAGCCAGAUGCCCCUCUCUUAUGGCCAAGGGCUACUGGUCACAGGCCAUGGCGGAACUACGCCACAUACAAUAGGCUGCAGGUGCCAUCCACAAUACUGGUGCAGCCCCCAGUGGCCUUGUGCCAAUCCUCUGCAGCCCAGUGGCACCCAGCCACCUUGGGUGGGGUUCUGUGGGUCUGGCCCCAUGGGGCAGAGCAGCACUAGUUGUUCCCAAGAGGUAUCCAGGGGCCGUGCCAACUGGCAGAACUCCUUUCCAAGAUGGGAUCCGCGUGGGUCUGCCUCGGCUGGGGGGAGAAUCAGGGAACAGGGGGGCAGAAAGAUUUUAUUUGCCCUUCAGGGGGCUGGAAGCCAUAGGGCAAGGUGGGCUCCACCCCAUAGAAGGCAGGACUUGGGGGUUCAUGGAAUGGUCCAGGGCUCGGGUUAUGCACCCAGGAAGCGGAACCAACAUGGCCGCCCAUGGGGCACCCCAGAGACCAAGAGAUGGUCUAGCGGAUGGCCAGAGAGACAGGGCUCUGGAGCAGAAGAAACUGAGCCAGCCAAAGCCACGGGGGAAGAUUGUGAGGGGGAUUACAAGGGGUCCGCCGCCCAAGGGAGUGUCUUGGAGGAAGCCACGUCUUCCCAACCAAACCUCCCAGCUUCCCAAGGAGAAGAAUACUGGGAAAAGGAGUAUGAAGAGUUCAGAGAGCCCCUGAAAUCAGCACCAGCCGUUCCCCCUCCUCCAGAGGUGGCUUCGAAGGCUCCAACAGCUCCCCUCCAGGAGAAGACAACUCCCACCUAGCAAAGAUAGCAGCUUUACCACCUAGCAAAGACAGCAGCUUCUACAUCGAUCUUGAGAACCUCUUCACUGACCUGCCCAAGAAGUCUAGCACCGUCUCAGAUCCACACCUGAAGAGACAGCCCCCUGGGGACGCUGCCGAAAGUGGGAUACGUCCCCCAGAAGAAGGAGGACAACAUGGCCAAGUGUCUGUCAAGCUUGGUGAGUUUUCCCAUCCAGGCAUGUAGACCCUUUCUGCUCCACCAUGGAGAACGAGGACAGAUUGUGAGCCCUGGGCCAUGGAAAGGCUCGUGUCUGUUCCUAAGCUGGUGGUUCUCCUGUUAAACUGCACCUCCAUUGACAGCUCCACCAGCCUGCUGGGCUUAGCCCAAAGGCCCCAGCACUGGGCUGGGGACAGUUUCAGCCAAGCGUUGGUUUGUUAAUAACCAAGUUCUUUCUCAUCCUUCAGACCCUCCAUCCAUUCCUUGCCUUCUACUCACGAUCCUCCAUUCCCAACCUCUGUCUUUCUCUCUCCAAAGAUUUUGACGUUGAAUUAGGUUUAAAACUGGGACGUGCCUAAAAAACAAAAGCUAGAUCCAGAUUUCUGUUGUUUGUCUCUCUUAAUUUGUUUCAUUCCAAGAUCUGGUUUAAUAAAAACCCUAAAUGCCAAACCCAAAUCCCAUAUAUUCUCCCCUAGCAGAGUGCCAGUUCAUGGGGGUUUGUAUCAUUUAGUUAGUAACUCUAAGGUUUGCUUUUCUGUCCAGGUUAGAAAAUGAAGCUCAAAUGUGUGUCCCGUAUUCUGCUAAUUUACAAUGUGGUUUAUGGCUUUAUAAAUCCCCCAGAUGGCAAAUACUUAGCAUGUGCUUAGCGGACGUGUUACCCAGGGCACUCAAGUUAACUGCUGCCUAAUUUUUCAAGAUGAGGGCCUACAUUUUUAACCUUGGAGAUCUGGGGAUUAGUCCUAGGUUUAAAACCCACCCCAAAUAUCCCAUGUAU